AAAAAGGCGCGAAAAUUGGCAAUACACGCAGCUGCCCAACACACAAACGCAUCAGCAUCAGUUUACAUUUUUUUGCACUUACUUAUUUAUUGCAUUCUGUGUAAAACAAACAAACGAACGAAAUGGAUGUUGCGGAUGCACAAAUUGGUCAGCUGCGCGUUAAAGACGAGGUGGGCAUCAGGACACAAAAGCUGUUCCAAGACUUCCUCGAGGAAUUCAAAGAGGAUGGCGAAAUCAAAUAUACGCGUCCCGCUGCCAACUUGGAAUCGCCUGAUCGCUGUACGCUCGAGGUGAGCUUCGAGGAUGUGGAGAAAUACGAUCAGAAUCUGGCCACCGCCAUCAUUGAGGAAUACUAUCAUGUGUAUCCAUUUUUGUGCCAAUCCGUUUCGAACUAUGUGAAAGAUCGCAUUGGCCUCAAGACCAAUAAGGAUUGCUAUGUGGCCUUCACCGAGGUGCCGACACGCCACAAAGUGCGCGAUCUAACCACCUCGAAGAUUGGCACCCUCAUCCGCAUCUCCGGCCAAGUGGUGCGCACACAUCCCGUGCAUCCGGAGCUGGUGUCGGGCACAUUCAUGUGCCUCGAUUGCCAGACCGAAAUACGCAAUGUGGAGCAGCAGUUUAAGUUCACCAAUCCGACUAUUUGUCGCAAUCCCGUCUGUUCGAAUCGCAGACGCUUCAUGCUCGACGUGGAGAAGUCGCUGUUCCUUGACUUUCAGAAGAUACGCAUACAGGAGACGCAAGCGGAGCUGCCACGAGGUUGCAUACCGCGUGCCGUCGAGAUCAUCUUGCGCUCGGAGCUGGUCGAGACGGUGCAGGCAGGAGAUCGCUAUGAUUUCACCGGUACGCUCAUUGUGGUGCCCGAUGUCAGUGUGCUGGCGAUGCCCGGCACCAAAGCGGAGAUGGGAUCACGGCACAAGCCCGGCGAAGGUGCCGAGGGUGUCACCGGUCUGAAGGCGUUGGGUGUGCGUGAGCUCAACUAUCGCAUGGCAUUCCUCGCGUGCAGUGUGCAGGCGACAACCGCACGCUUUGGCGGCACCGAUUUGCCCAUGUCCGAGGUGACGGCGGAGGAUAUGAAGAAGCAGAUGACCGAUGCCGAAUGGCAAAAGAUCUAUGAAAUGUCUAAGGAUCGGAAUUUGUAUCAGCAUCUGAUUACCUCACUCUUCCCAUCCAUCUAUGGCAACGAUGAGGUGAAACGUGGCAUUCUGCUGCAGUUGUUCGGUGGCGUUGCCAAGACCACCACCGAGAAGACAUCUUUGCGUGGCGAUGUCAACGUGUGCAUUGUCGGUGAUCCCAGCACAGCCAAGUCGCAGUUCCUCAAACAGGUCUCCGACUUUUCGCCCCGUGCCAUCUACACAUCGGGCAAGGCAUCCUCGGCAGCGGGUCUAACGGCGGCUGUGGUGCGCGACGAGGAGAGCUUCGACUUUGUGAUCGAGGCGGGCGCCUUGAUGUUGGCCGACAACGGCAUCUGUUGCAUCGACGAGUUCGAUAAGAUGGAUCAACGCGAUCAGGUUGCCAUCCACGAAGCCAUGGAACAGCAGACCAUUUCGAUAGCUCGCGCCGGUGUUCGUGCCACGCUGAAUGCACGCACCUCCAUUCUGGCGGCAGCCAAUCCCAUCAAUGGACGCUACGAUCGCUCCAAGAGUCUGCAGCAAAACAUUCAACUGUCGGCGCCGAUUAUGUCGCGUUUCGAUUUGUUCUUCAUACUGGUGGACGAAUGUAACGAGGUGGUGGACUAUGCCAUCGCCCGCAAGAUUGUCGAUUUGCACUCGAACAUCGAGGAAUCGGUGGAGCGUGCCUAUACCCGGGAGGAGGUGCUGCGCUAUGUCACCUUCGCGCGACAAUUCAAACCAAUCAUCGGCAGUGAAGCGGGCAAAAUGCUCGUGGAGAACUACGGACAUUUGCGACAACGUGACACGGGCUCGGCGGGACGCAGCACCUGGCGCAUUACGGUGCGUCAGCUGGAGUCCAUGAUACGCCUGAGCGAGGCGAUGGCCAAGCUGGAGUGCUCCAACCGUGUCCUGGAGCGUCAUGUGAAGGAAGCCUUCCGCUUGCUGAACAAAUCGAUCAUACGCGUCGAGCAGCCAGACAUCCAUUUGGAUGACGAUGAACAGCAAAUGCUGGGGGAGACAGAUGAUGGCAUUGAGCAUGACAUUGAUAUGGAGAACAAUGGUUCGGCGGCCAACAUUAACGCCGACGACUUGGACAACUCGGCAAGCGGAGUGCAGAAAAAGAAAUUCACACUCUCAUUUGAGGACUAUAAGAAUCUGUCCACGAUGCUGGUGCUGCACAUGCGUGGCGAGGAGGCGCGCUGUGAGGUCGAGGGCAGCGAUACGGGCAUGAAGCGCAGCGAUGUUGUCACCUGGUAUCUGGAGCAGGUCGCCGAACAAAUUGAGAGCGAGGAUGAGCUUAUUUCACGCAAGAACCUUAUCGAGAAGUUAAUCGAUCGUUUGAUCUAUCACGAUCAGGUCAUAAUACCGCUAAAGACAUCGAAUUUAAAGCCACCGGGCAAGGGAACACAUGCCGCCCAAGAUGAUGAGCUCGAGAACGAUCCGCUGCUCGUCGUGCAUCCCAACUACAUUGUGGAAUAAGCGUCAUCCUCAUCAUCAUCAUCGUCGAACCACAAUCAUCUCAUAUCUCAUUUUUUUUUUGCUUUCAUUCAACUUAUUACUCUCCCUAAGUUAAGUUUAGUUGUAACACGCUUUAGGCUAAACAUUGUGUAAGUUUAAGUAUUCAUUUUGUAUGCUGUUUUUAAAAUUUUUUGUAAUAAAUACAACAUUUGCUGCU